UGUAGUUGCGCCUGGUCGAGUCACUAAUCACACGGAGUAAUGCUCAUUUCAGCAGCGCGCGCUGUUUUAGUAAAACACCUGGGGUUAACCUGCCAGAGUUCAGCGCGUCACCUGAUUUUCAGAGUAAUCUCCGCGAGCAGGAGCUGCUGCCGGAGGCUGCUUUACCCGUAAGGAAGAAGACGUGUCUGCGCCGCCCCAGCUGUCCAGGGGACGACGGAAGACUGCGGCCAUGGCUGCCCUCGGUAACCCGGGGACCACGAACCUGGCACCCAAAACCAAGACGAAAAAGAAGCACUUCGUGCAGCAGAAGGUGAAGGUGUUUCGAGCGAGCGAGCCGGUCCUGGGCGUCUUUAUAUGGGGCGUCAAUCACUCGGUUAAUGAUCUCAGCCAGGUUCCUAUUCCUGUCAUGCUGCUGCCUGAUGAUUUCAAAGCCAAUACUAAAGUCAAAGUCAACAACCACCUCUUCAACAAAGAAAAUCUUCCAGGACACUUCAAAUUCAAAGAAUACUGUCCUCAGGUCUUCCGAAAUUUAAGAGAACGUUUUGGUAUUGAGGAUUUGGACUAUCAGGUGUCGUUGACCCGCAGCCCCCCAAUGAGAAGUUCUGACAAUCAGGGAGAGGUUCUGCUUCUCAACUCCUAUGACCGUACGCUGGUUAUCAAGCAGAUCUCAAGUGAAGAUGUCGCAGACAUGCACAACAUCCUGUCAGAAUAUCACCAGCACAUUGUGAAGUGUCACGGCAACACGCUGCUGCCCCAGUUUCUGGGAAUGUAUCGGGUGAGCGUGGACAACGAGGAGACCUACCUGAUUGUCAUGAGGAACAUGUUCAGCCACAGAUUGGUGGUGCACAGGAAAUAUGACCUAAAAGGUUCUCUGGUGGAUCGUGAAGCAAGUGACAAAGAAAGGGUAAUAAGUGUCGGCCAACUUCUCAAGACAUAUUACUGCUCCUUUCCUUGUUGUCUUGUAUGUUUCACUAAAGAUAUUUUGUUUCUCCCAAAGGAAAAAGAUCUUCCAACCUUUAAGGACAUGGACUUCAGGAAUAACAUGCAGAAGGUGUAUAUAACUGAGGAGCAGAGGGAGAAAUUCAUGGAGAAACUCAACAGGGAUGUGGAGUUUCUAGUAAAGCUGAAGAUCAUGGACUAUAGCCUCCUACUCGGUAUUCAUGACGUUGGCCGGGCUGAACACGAGGAGGAGGACGGUGGGGAGGUGUCCAAUGAGGAGGAGCCAGAGGCAGAGAACGGCCUGGCGCUGGGCCCUACGGUGGGCUCCUAUGGCACCUCUCCUGAAGGAAUUGCUGGAUACAUGUCCAGCUGUAAGCCUCUGGGGCCUGGAGAGUUUGAUCCCUAUGUGGAUGUUUAUGCGCUUGGGAGCUGUCCAGGAGCCCCUCAGAGGGAGGUUUACUUCAUGGGUCUGAUAGAUGUUCUGACACAGUACGACACCAAGAAGAAAGCCGCUCACGCAGCAAAAACAGUCAAACAUGGGGCUGGUGCUGAAAUAUCCACCGUUCAUCCGGAGCAGUACGCCAAACGAUUCCGUGACUUCAUCGCAAACAUUUUUGCAUAACUUUCAAAAUGCUGCCAGAAGUCGCUCCACCUGACAGCUAAAGUCUUUCACCGCAGAACAGCACAAAUAUCCGUACAGGGUUUAUUAUUUAAACCGGUGAUGAGGCGAGACUAAGUUGUAGCAGUAAACUUUUAUGCAUAUAUUUAUUUUUAAGAUUGAAGCUAUAUUUCUGUAGGUAUUAAGCACUCUUAAAGAGGUAGCUUUAAAGCAACAGUGCAUC